GGCAGUAGGCUCAUGAAAUAGAUUUACCUCAGUAAUCUUGCUUAUACUGUCGCCUCUAUCGCUACCAUUACAGCUAUUGCGGUUUGAAAUUGAAAUCCACACACCGUAUGCAAUUGCGGCUGCGACAAUAACAACAACAACCAUUUGGGGAAACAAAAGCUUUACACGUAAAAAGAACAAAUUGGAAGAAAGUGUUGGGAAAUGUUGCUGUGGUCAUGUUCCACGAAAGCGGCAGCGACAACUGCUCGCACAAUCGCACUCUUCGCUCAACAUACAGUUUCAGUUGCUCCACAAUCGCCGUUGGUGAAUUUUGGUGUUAAAUAUCCGUCUCCGUUCGCAUUACAGUUCUUGUUGAUUAAACGCUUAAAUUCAAAUAUGCCAAUCAAGUCAAUCUUCGCUCGUCAAAUCUUCGACUCACGUGGUAACCCCACCGUUGAGGUUGAUUUAUGCACCGAAUUGGGACUUUUCCGCGCCGCUGUACCAUCUGGUGCAUCGACCGGUGUACAUGAGGCUCUUGAAUUGCGCGAUAACGAUAAGAACAGCUAUCACGGCAAGGCUGUAACCAAAGCUGUUGAACAUGUAAAUAAGUCUUUGGGACCUGAAUUGUUGAAGGCUAAUCUUGAGGUCACCGACCAAGAAGCCAUUGAUAAUUUCAUGUUGAAAUUGGAUGGUACUGAGAACAAGUCGAAAUUCGGUGCUAACGCCAUUUUGGGCAUCUCUUUGGCCGUUUGCAAAGCUGGCGCUGCCAAGAAGGGUGUACCACUUUACCAACACAUUGCUGAUUUGGCUGGCAACAAGGAUAUCAUUUUGCCUGUGCCUGCAUUCAACGUAAUCAACGGUGGCAGUCAUGCUGGUAACAAAUUGGCCAUGCAGGAAUUCAUGAUUCUGCCAACUGGUGCUACCAGCUUUACUGAAGCCAUGAAAAUCGGCUCUGAAGUGUAUCAUCACUUGAAGAAGGUCAUCAAGGAUAAGUUCGGCUUGGAUGCUACCGCCGUCGGUGAUGAGGGUGGUUUCGCACCCAACAUUCAGUCAAACAAGGAAGCUUUGGUGUUGAUCCAGGAUGCCAUUGCCAAGGGUGGCUACACCGGCAAGGUUGAAAUCGGCAUGGACGUUGCUGCUUCUGAAUUCCACAAGGAUGGUCUCUACGAUCUGGACUUCAAGAACCCCAACAGCGACAAGGCACAAUGGUUGUCGCCCGAGAAAUUGACCAACUUGUACCAAGAAUUCAUCAAGGAAUUCCCCAUUAGCUCCAUUGAGGAUCCCUUCGAUCAGGAUCACUGGGAGGCCUGGACCACCAUUACUGCCAACACUCAAAUUCAAAUUGUCGGUGAUGAUUUGACCGUGACCAACCCAAAACGUAUUCAGACUGCCGUUGAAAAGAAGGCUUGCAACUGCCUCUUGUUGAAAGUCAACCAAAUUGGUACUGUUACCGAAUCCAUCAAGGCUCAUUUGUUGGCCAAGAGCAAUGGCUGGGGCACCAUGGUAUCCCAUCGUUCCGGUGAAACUGAAGAUACUUUCAUUGCCGAUUUGGUUGUUGGUCUGUCGACUGGUCAAAUUAAGACUGGCGCUCCAUGCCGCUCCGAGCGUUUGGCCAAAUACAACCAAAUUCUUCGCAUCGAAGAAGAAUUGGGCGCCAAGGCGAAGUUUGCCGGCAAGAACUUCAGAAAGCCACAGUAAAUAUGCACGCUGCUCGCGAACAAUGAAUAAUGAUGAUUCCAACAUGCACAGUGAAAACAAAGCAGAAAAUACAUAAGUGAAAAUAAUAAAAGAGGAGAGGAGAGCAUAGUGUGGGUGUGGCAAUUUGAGUUGAAUCGUAUAUACUUGCAUACAAUAAUAAAUGCAAACCUAGUACCUAAACAUACUUGUACAAACAGUUAUUUGUAUGUACAUAUGUAUGUGCACAUAUAGCCACCUACUACUUCCUAGCAACAAUAAUAAUGUUUAUGAAAUUUUGUGCACACUUUUGACUUUGAUUAACUUAUGUAUCAUUUGCUUUGUAAUACAUUUUAAUUAUUAAAUUAAAAAUUUUAUUUAAACUACAUAUAUCCAGAACUAUUA